ACAGAGCUGAGCGUCACAUCCAGGGUAUCUUAGAGCAAAACAGGUGGCUCACAUGGACCCAGGAAUACGCCAGCAAAGAGGUGCCUGAAGGCGGUGCUCUGGUCGCAGAAGCAUGAGGAUCUGGCUGUCAUGGACCCCGUGGCCAGGCAUCACCAGGUCUGUGAGGACCAGGGCGGCUGCUGCCCCCUGCCUAGCCUGGCAGCCUGGGAUAAGGGAGAACGCCAGGCUGGUGUCUGUGGAGAAGACUGUCCCUGCAGCCCUGCCAUAGGAGCCACCCUGGCUUUUAUGACCUCACAGGAGGUGUGGGUCACUGUUCUCUGUAGGGCCUGGGUCCAGUUGGAGGCCAGAGCCAGGCCUCUAGGGCAGAGGGCAAACGGCCCCUCCAGGAGGGAGCCAGGAGAUUACACAGCUCCAUGUAGGUCCACGCCUAGGUUGGGAGGAUCCACUAUGAAGAAGGUCAAGAAGAAAAGGUCAGAGGCCAAACGCCACCGAGACUCCACCUCCCAGCAUCCUAGCUCCAAUUCCACCUCUCAGCAGCCUAGUCCUGAAUCCACACCACAGCAGCCUAGCCCUGAAUCCACACCACAGCAGCCUAGCCCUGAAUCCACGCCACAGCGGCCUAGCCCUGAAUCCACACCACAGCAGUCCAGCCUUGAAACCACCUUCCAGCAGCCAGCAUCCCAAGCCCUUCCAGCACCCAAAAUCCGCCGCUCCUCUCGCUGCCUGUUAUCUCCAGAUGCUAACAUGAAGGCAGCCCCUCAAUCCAGGAAAGCAGGGCCUCUGACUCGCGCCGGCCCACAUUCCUGCUCCUGUGCCACUUGCCCCUGCAGCUCUGCUUGCUGGCGUCGUCUGGGGCUGUGCCAUAGCCGUAUCUUCGAUGUCCUUCUGCCUCGGGACUGGCAGAUGGCGCCAGGGAGAGGACUCCCCAACCUGCUCACCUUCUACAGAAAACCUUCAAGAAAACCCUCCAGUCAUCGUAACACGUGUCCUCCAAGCCCUCGGAACUGUGGCUGUGGCUCUGGGGGCUCUAGGAGCUGCCUACUACAUCACUGAAUCCUUGUGAACAAGCCCCUAGGCCCACAGUCCGGCAGAAGGAUCACAGUUGCUGAACCCUCACCUGUGAGGCUGUGAAACUGGAAAGCCACAGGAUUCCAGGUCACAUGGGGUAUUGUCUAAGCUGAUUGGUCUGUCCUUGUUUUUCUUACAGAUCCAGUUUCCAUCAAAGGACCUGUCUUGUCACCAAAAUUUAAAAAAAGAAAAAAAAAGAAUUAUGUUUCUUUAGCAUGUUUUACUUUAGAGACAUAAAAGUUGGACUUGGCAAAUGGCUAGGAAGGGAGGUGUGGGGACCCCGGCGACUUUUUGAGCCGCAGGUCAUGCAGAAUUGGUGCCUGUCGUUCCUGUUCAGAGCCACAGACCCCCGGUGGAGCAGCUUUCUCUGCACACACUCACAGAACACAGUGUUUGCUUUAGAUGUUCUCACUCUAAAGGAAGGGAUUAUAAAGCUUAACUCAAUAGCUAACAUAAUUAGUCAUCUGCACCUAUGUCCCAGGGUAAUCCCAGUUAGUGGGAAUAGGAGGAAUGUACAGGUUCGCCUCCAGGCCUGCACCCCAGAGGACAGAGGCCCUGUGCCCAGGAACACCAUCUGUAGAAAUAGGUUCUUUUAGGGUCACCUGUGAUGGGGAGUGGCCUGCCAUGCAGCCUUGUGUUUAGUGCUGGUGAUGUGGCUAUACCCUGCCAGUGCCUGGUGGGAUUUUACCUCCAGCUCCUGAACAGCUGAUUCGAAAUCUUAGUUCAAGGUGAUCCCAGCAAACACCAGUAGGGGAGAGGAAUGUCAACGAGGGAAGGAGGCUGGGCUUGGUGGCUCAUGCCUAUAAUCCCAAGACUUUGGGAGGCCAAGGCGGGAGGAUGGCUUAAGCCCAGGAGGUCAAGGCUGCAGUGAGCUAUGAUUGCGCCUCUGCACUCCAGCCUGGAUGACAUAGCAAGACACUGUCUCAAACAAAAUAAAAAGGAACCACCAGAGAAAGGAGGACAGCCAGUACUGGUGAGUCCUAAUGCAGUGGCCAUUGAGGGCAGCUGAAGCCUGAUCCUGCUGGGGCAUCAUGGGAUGGGAGAAGGGAGAACACACACCACACAGCAUAGUCAUCCCACCUGACGGAGCUGAGGUAUUUAUAACCUCUUGGUCUUGGAGAAGGGCUGUGAGGAGGGAGGUGGUUAAUUCCUCCACACUUUUGUCCCACUCUGGAGAGGAAGCCCCCAGGCAAACAAAUGCAGAUGCAAGGUGGGGGUCAGCCCACAUGCACUGGAACGGUGACAGCUGACAGCGGUGACAGCGCAUAUGGUGUAGGAGUGGAGGGAGGACAAUGCUGAAUGCCUGUGAGGCAUCCACAGACCCAUGCCCAGGUGACCUGCUAUGCCUCUAAGGAUUAGUUAGACUGGGCAGCCAUUGGGGAGGCGGGGAGCUGGUUUACCCACAACAGCACUGGUGUGAUUGGGCAGGAUGGGUCAGGCUGGAGCCCAUUCUCCACCCCCCAGUCCCAGGAUUUCCUUUGUGAAACAGGUGUGGGAGUUGCGUGGGGUCAUGUUGUGGUCCUGUCCUGCAGGGACAAUAAAAGGACCUAUAGACAUGGUGGAAGGGACUGGGUACUCCAUGGCUGCAGCUUCUGGACUGAAGACACUUCCUUUUUCUGGCGUAUUGAGGUCCCCCUUUUGUUGUAAAUGUUGGACAACCUAACCCAAACUAGGCUUCAGCAAAAUGAGAAUGUAUUAGCUCCUGUAAAAGUCAGGAGAGAGUUCUGGUUCAGAAGUGGCUUGCUCCAGGGGCACGGGCCAUUUCCCUCUCUCUGUAGCAGAGUUAGUUCCAUUCUAGCUGCAGCAGCAACAGCUCCCAGCCUACAGAGGUCAACUUUAGCAGAGAGGAUGAGCCAGCCUGUCUCCCCGCAGCAAAAGGCAUCACAGCUCUGACUAGGUCCUGUGUCCCUCCUGGUACCCAUCACUGUGCCCAGGAAAAUGCAGGGGGCUGAUUGGCCAGGUUGGAGCUGCACAGCCUCCUUUGGAACAUGAGGAUAAAAUCCACAGAAACCGUGAGCACUGAGCAGGGAAGAAAAUGAUUCUCCAACUGCAGUGUGGGUAAUCUGUUACCAAAAGGGAUGGGAAUGGACACUGGGCAGCUAAAACCAGCACAUGCCCCCUCCAGUUGGCUGUGGGUCUGCAGCCAGGACCUGUGCUCACCCUCUGCUUCUCCCCUUUUCCCCCCACCACCACCUCCUCACCAGAAUGAAUGCUCAAGUGGCCAGGAGAGAGAAUGCUCAGCUCCUCAAGCCGCUGACUUGCAGUGGAUCCUGGCAGUUGGAUCCCCCGGGCAGCAGUGAAAACUAGCCUCCUGUCCCCAGGGAAAUGUGUGGGCACUGCUGGUUGUCACAGUGACUGGGAGAUGCUGUGGGCUACUAGUGAAGGUCAAGAAUACAAUGCACAAGACUGACCACACAAUAAAGAACCAUCCCACCAAAACCCCAAGAGCAUCCUGCCGGACAGUCACUGCCACCUGGUCUCAUCUGUAGGUCUGUGGAUGCUCUCCCACACUGGCCUUGCAUUGUGGCUCACGUUGCCCGUCGUGGACCAUAGGGAUCCCCCUUGAAGAGUGGAAACUGCACAUGCUAAACAACCACAUGCCGGAGUCCCCAUCUUCAUCCUGCCGAGUGCAGUUCUGUUGAUACAUCCACUACUCUUGGUUAGGUCCUGGAGGCAGGGAGCAGGUUUUUUCUUCUCAAAUCCUUCCCAGCACAUGAAUGAGUAGACCUGUCACCAUCAGGAGCAUUUUGGGAUACAUUAAGAUUUGGCUUAGGCCAUUGUAUUCAGAAUGGUUUAUAAAUGUGGUCACCGGAGAGGACUAUUUUAAGUACAGCCAAUUUCAAGCAACAGCCCCUGAUAGGGGCUUUUGAGAGGGAAGUCUAGAGCUGGAAAGAAGAGUGAGCAGGUAUAUUUCCUAUCACCAUGCAGUAGCUGAGACUGCUGGGGCUGUGAGUUUGGGGACAGUCUGGCUGAGGCCAGGCCUGCAAGUUGUAGGGGCCAAGGCCCUUGGUCCCCUAAAGGUUCGCUGAACACUCACAUGAGGCAAAUUGAUGAAUAGGAGAAAGGCGUACACAUGAGUGUGUAUACAUGGGAGCCUUCAGAAUGAAGACAGAGGUACAGAGGAAAUUGUCUUCAUGCUUAGUUUCAACAAAGAUGGACAGCCUUGUAGAAAUAGGACUGGACAAAAGGGUCAGAUUUAAUGCCGACAGACUGUGUGGGGAACCCAGCAAGGCCUGUCUGUCUAGAUUCUUCUCAGCCUCUCUGAGCAGCAUUCCUUCCUCUGGGGCAUGGGGCAAGAUCUUCUCUGGAAUGGGGGUCUCAUGACUGACUGCAAACAAGGUAGGUCAGAUCAUUUUGUUAUGGCCAGUUCUUCACAAGGCUGGGGGAAAAUUCAAGUAAUACUUUUAGGUUUUCUGACUAGCUUUGGGGAGAAUGGGUUCUGGUUUCUAUGGCACCUUGGGAAAGGAUUGAGUUUGUAUGGCUAGCCUUGGGGGAGAUGGGACUGAGAGAUAGGAAGGUAGGAGAUCAGAGAAAAACUUUCCCUUCUGAGGCCUUGGUUUUGGGGUAUUAUUGUCUAAGCUCCAGCAGAGUCUAGCAUCUUCACCAGGCUUAGCUCAAACCCUGGCUGUGAACAUUGUCUCAAGACCAUCAGUUGGCCUGGUGCAGUGGCUCACACCUGUAAUCCCAGCAUUCUGGGAGGCCAAGGCAGGCAGAUGACUUGAGCCCAGGAAUU